AUGCAUUCACGAAAGGAAAUAGAUCUCGCUGUCCAAAUAAUCCAAGAUGAGUUUGGUCUGGCAGCCCGAAAAGUCUUUGAAGCGGUUUCGCAACGAGACAAUUUAACCUUCGAGUAUAUUGUGCACUUGGUGCCUUUCCGACGACGGACGUGUGGUGCUAUCUUGUAUACUUUAAUCAAGCAUGGUUGCAUCACCUCGGUGCACAAGUCACAGAAGCCGACAUCAUCGCGAAUAGUUUAUACGUACAGGAUCAACCUGGCUUACAUAAGGUGUAGACAGAGGUUCUCCAGAUAUGCGCUUUAUGCAAAAACCAAGCAUACACAAGAGCACUUUAUGGUGCUUCUUACGAUUGCAUUACAUGGAGCGAUGUCGGUGAAUCAAAUCAUGUCAAUCGUGCAACAAGUGCCUUCAGAAAGCUCUCUACGCAGUGCCGAUGUUCAUAAAGCGAUUUGUGACCUCUUAGAAAUCCAGCUGCUGCAACGUGUACGCUACGACAAAACAUGUGUGAACUUGGACAGAGCCUGUACGCGAACAGAUCAGGAACACAUGCCAUCGGAAACGCAAGAAAACGAUAGUUCAUCGAGUUUUCUGCGUCUAAAUCCGCGUUCGCUCGAUGCUGCGCUUGGACGCCUGAAAGAAGAAGACACCAGACUUUUGAGUGUGGAACGCUCGGCGAGUGACGUCGACGUUCAUUUGAGACGGCAAAAGCAUGUCGAAGCGGUUAUCAAAACACGUUUAGGAGCACAGGCUCUUCGUAUUUUUAGAGUUUUGAUUCGAAAUCAACUUGAGCAGAAACAGGUUGCUGAAUUAUCCAUGGUUCCCGUGAAGGAUACUCGAGACAUUCUUUACAAGUUGUUGAAAUUUGGAUACGUGCAGAUGCAGGAAAUAGCCCGCACGCAUGAUCAUGCUCCAUCAAGAACGAACUAUCUGUGGCGUGUGGACUGUUCUGACGUCGAAAAGACUGUAAAACGUGAACUUAUUCAGGCUUUGACAAAUGUUCAUUUACGAAAGCUCUUUGAGGUACGGCGAUAUCGCACAGGAAUUGUAAAGAACGAGCGAAUGUGGUCUAGCAAGCCACUUAAAAGAGAGGUACUAAAAGAUUUAGAAGUGACCACUAUGCGCUUAGACGAACUUUUGCUACUUUUCGACGAUGUAGACGUUGCAUCUCAAACAGUUUGA